AUGCCCAAGAAGAUCUACAAGAAGCUAACGAAGAUCGUGACCGUCUGCGAGAGAAACUCCGCCGGAGCCAGCAGCCUGAAGAAAGAAUCCCUUAUCGAUCCUAUUGCGCUCGAGAAGAGCCUAAACCACGUGUGCGCUCUCGCUCUCGUUCACUGUGUUGAUUACAGCGUUGCUCCCGCUCUAGAUCCUGUUAUUGCUUACGCUCAUAGGGUAAGUCUUCGAAGACCUAUAAGCUUGCUAAUCCCCCCUGUCUUCUCUGACAGAGCUAGUGACAUAAAGUUUCGCAGCUGGCGCACUGCGAUGGAAGGUAAACUGCAAGCUAACAGGGAUCACUUUCCGACUGUGAAGCUCCAUAAGACGUACGUUGCAAGCCGCCUAGACAGCGCUAUAUAUAACCAAGUUGUUCUAGGGCUAAGUAUCUUCGACGACGACAAUAACAACAAUAACCCCUCCUUCGAUAACAAGGACAACAUCCUAGAUUAUCUAAAGAAUAUCUACAAAGACCCUGUUCGCUAA